GAGCGGGCAAGUGAGGGCUGAAGGCACUCAGAAUGGAUGGGCAAAGAGAAACCGUGCGAGCGACAGAGGCAGAGUGAGCGAGUGUGUAUUCUCAGAGUCAGCGGCGAAGACACAGAAAGUCUACAAGCUCACACCACAAAGAGAGCGCGCAAAGGCAGAGCUGACAACCGGCUACACUCAAGAGUGACACACAGAGGGAAAAGACACAGAGAGACAGGAGAGGGAGAGAGAAGAAGAAGGACCAGAAGAAGAGGAGGACAGAAGACAGACAACCAGCUUUCCUCUGGUUUUGCCCCUCUCCACUCCGCAGUCAUGAUCCUCUGGGUCCUUCUGCUGCUCCCGUGGAUCUCCGGACAUGGGACAGAGGCCAUGUUUUCCCAGCAGCCACAGGACCUGGUGGUGGUGGCAGGCCAACCUGUGACAUUACCGUGCAGUAUCCCUGGCUAUCACGGCGUCGUCCUGUGGAUCAAAAACGGCUUGGCGCUGGGUGUGGGCAGAGACCUCUCUGGCUACCCUCGUUACACAGUGAUUGGCGACCAUGGUUCAGGGGAGCAUCAUUUGCGAAUCCAGCGUGUUGAACUGACGGAUGAUGCAGUGUUUGAGUGCCAGGCAGUUCAGGCUGCCAUGAGGUCCCGUCCUGCCCGCCUCACUGUUCUGGUUCCUCCAGAAGACCCAGUCAUCAGCGGAGGGCCAGUUGUAAGCCUAAGGGCCGGUGACCCACUCAAUCUGACCUGCCAUGCUGACAAUGCCAAACCUGCGGCCUCAAUUAUCUGGAUCCGCAAUGGAGAGGUCCUUAAUGGGGCCAUGUACUCCAAGACCUUGCUCCGGGAUGGCAAGAGGGAAAGCACCGUAAGCACACUCUACCUAUCGCCUUCCAACAUUGAGACAGGUCAGCAGAUCAUCUGUAAAGCCUCCAACAAGGCAGUCCCCAACGGCAAGGAGACCAGUGUCACAAUUGACAUUCAGCAUCUCCCACUUGUAAAUCUCUCGGUGGAGCCUCAGCCUGUUCUGGAGGGCAACCUCGUAAAAUUCCACUGCUCCGCAAAGGCCAACCCUCCUGUCACACACUACAGGUGGGCCAAAGGGGGAAGUAUAAUUAAGGAGGUCUCUGGGGACACAUACGAGGUCAUCGUGGAUCACUCCUUCUUUACAGAGCCUGUGUCAUGCGAGGUUACCAACCCUCUCGGCAGCACCAACAUCAGCCGCAAUGUUGAUGUCUACUUUGGCCCUCGCAUGGCUGCAGAGCCUCAGUCCUUGCAGGUUGACCUUGGAUCUGAUGCUGUGUUCAACUGUGCCUGGACAGGAAAUCCCUCUCUUACCAUCGUGUGGAUGAAAAGAGGCUCUGGGGUGGUUCUUAGCAACGAGAACCUCCUGACACUGAAAUCCGUGAGACAGGAGGACGCUGGGAAAUACGUUUGCCGUGCCGUCGUGCCACGUGUUGGAGCAGGGGAGAAGGAGGUUUCUCUUACUGUCAAUGGGCCGCCUACUAUCUCAAGCACACAGACUCAGCAAGCUUUACAUGGAGAGAAAGGACAAAUCAAAUGUUUCAUCCGAAGUACACCUCCGCCGGACCGCAUUGCCUGGUCUUGGAAGGAAACGGUGUUAGAGUCUGGAACGUCCGGCCGCUACACCGUAGAAACUGUGAACACAGAGGAGGGCGUCAUCUCCACGCUGACCAUGAGCAACAUUGUCCCGGCAGACUUUCAGACUAUCUACAACUGCACAGCGUGGAACAGCUUUGGCUCUGACACCGAGAUCAUACGCCUUAAGGAACAAGGUGGGAGCCAAGAAUCUCUCCCAGUGGCGGUGAUCAUCGGCAUUGCCGUGGGAGCUUUCGUGGCCGUCAUUGUCCUCAUGGGCACCAUCGGAGCGUUCUGCUGCACCCGCUCCCAGAGAAAGGAAGCGCACCUGGUUAUGCCCUCACUGCCCGUCUCCAUCUGUGCUCACCAGAGAGAACUUGCAAGCAAAAUUAAGACAGAAAAUCUGAAAGGAGUCGUGUCGGCAAAAAAUGACAUCCGGGUGGAGAUUGUGCACAAGGACCACAAUGCAGCCCGAGAAAAUGAAGAGCACACCUCCAUGAAACAACUGAUGGUGAGUGUUGAACGAGAAGAGUUCCAGCAGGAAUCUGUUCUGAAGCAGCUGGAGGUGUUGCAAGAGGAAGAGAAGGAGUAUCAGCACAUAAAGGACCCUACAAAUGGCUACUAUAGUGUAAAUACCUUCAAGGAGCAUCACACACCUACCAUGACAGGGAACCCUACCACUGAGGUGAGGAACCCCACCAACACAGGUACCCUGGGAAAGCAGCGGGUACCGACGGGCAUGUCCUUCACCAACAUCUAUUCCACUCUUGGAGCUGGUCCCAACCGACUGUAUGACUACAGCCAACGCUUCGUGCUGGGCAUGGGCAGCAGCUCCAUUGAGCUUUGCGAGCGGGAGUUCCAGCGUGGCUCGCUCAGCGACUCCAGCUCUUUUAUCGACACGCAGUGUGACAGCAGCGUCAGCAGCUACAGUAAGCCAGACGGCUACGUGCAGUUCGACAAAGACAGCAAGGCCUCCGCCUCCUCCUCAUCCCACUAUUCCCAAUCCUCCUCGCAGAACUCAGACCUCACCCGACCCCUCCAGAAGCGCAUGCAGACCCAUGUCUGACCUCUUGGGAGGGAAGGGCUUUUGGAACGGGGUGAAACAAACCAGCUAGGAUUGUAAAACUGAAAGAACCAGCUCCGAGGAGCGCCUAAAAAGAACAAUGUCAGUAGGUGUUUCCUGUGGAUGCCUGAAGACACUGGGGCUUUAAUGCACCAUGUGACUUGUUUAGACUUCCCAGUGUCCCAAAAAAAAAAAAAAAAAAAAA